ACUCCCUCGACGAGUCCGCCACCAUCACCUACUUCUUCUUCUUCUUCUUCUCUCUCUAUAUCUCUUCAGUCCAUCGCCGGUCUUCUCUCUCUAUAUCUCUCUCUCACACACACAUACACGCACUCACUCACUCACAGACAUCACACAUUCCUUCAUCCGCCAUGGAAUCUGCUCUACUCUCCCGCAUCGGACUCGCCGGUUUAGCAGUCAUGGGACAAAACCUAGCUCUCAACAUUGCAGAAAAAGGUUUCCCAAUCUCCGUCUACAAUCGCACAACCUCCAAAGUCGACGAAACACUAGAUCGAGCUCAUCGCGAAGGUAAUCUUCCAUUAACAGGUCAUUACAAUCCACGCGAUUUCGUUCUCUCUCUUCAACGUCCUAGAUCUGUUAUCAUCCUCGUCAAGGCGGGCGCUCCCGUCGAUCAGACAAUCGCGGCUCUAUCUGAACAUAUGGAAUCGGGAGAUACAAUCAUUGACGGAGGAAACGAGUGGUACGAGAAUACUGAACGUCGUAUCAAGGAGACUGCAGAUCGUGGUAUUCUUUACUUAGGUAUGGGAGUUUCAGGUGGUGAAGAUGGUGCUAGAAAUGGUCCUUCUCUUAUGCCUGGUGGAUCAUAUCAAGCUUAUCUUAACAUUGAAGAUAUUGUUAAGAAAGUUGCUGCUCAAGUUGAGGAUGGACCUUGUGUUACUUAUAUUGGUGAAGGUGGUUCUGGAAAUUUCGUUAAAAUGGUUCAUAAUGGGAUUGAAUACGGCGAUAUGCAGUUGAUUUCGGAGGCGUAUGAUGUUCUUAAGAACGUUGGUGGUUUGACGAACUCCGAAUUGGCUGAAAUUUUCGAUGAAUGGAAUAGAGGUGAGCUUGAGAGUUUCCUUGUUGAAAUCACCACUGAUAUUUUCAGAGUUAAGGAUGAACAGUAUGGUGGUGAGCUUGUAGAUAAGAUUCUCGACAAAACAGGGAUGAAGGGUACUGGAAAAUGGACUGUUCAGCAAGCAGCUGAGCUUUCCAUUGCUGCACCUACAAUAGCAGCUUCACUUGACUGUCGUUACCUUAGCGGGUUAAAGGAAGAACGAGAAGCAGCAGCAGAGGUACUGAAAGGUGCUGGAUUGAAGGAGUAUGUUGGAGUUACAAAAACUGGUGCAGAGAAGAAACAGUUGAUUGAUGAUGUGAGGCAAGCUCUGUAUGCUUCAAAGAUUUGCAGUUAUGCACAGGGGAUGAACUUGCUGAGAGCGAAAAGCUUUGAGAAAGGGUGGAAUUUGAAUUUGGGUGAAUUGGCUAGAAUUUGGAAAGGUGGGUGUAUUAUAAGAGCAGUGUUCUUGGACAGGAUCAAGAAGGCGUAUCAGCGAAACCCGAAUCUUGCAAACUUGGUUGUUGAUCCGGAAUUCGCGAAGGAGAUGGUUCAAAGGGAGGGUGCUUGGAGGAGAGUUGUUAAGGAGGCAAUUGGAGCUGGGAUUACUACACCUGGAAUGUGUGCGAGUCUUGCUUAUUUCGAUACUUACAAGAGGCCUAGGGUUCCUGCUAACUUAGUUCAAGCUCAAAGAGACUAUUUUGGAGCUCAUACAUAUGAGAGGAUUGAUAUUCCUGGAGCAUAUCAUACCGAAUGGAGUAAGCUUGCUAAAUCUAAUAUCAAGUCUUAAUUUGGGUUGGUGAUCUUGAAUCUUGAAGCUAAAUCUUUUGUUUGUUUGUUGUUGUUGAGUGAGUGUCUCUAAUUUGUCUUUGAUUAGGCAUAUAGAUGAUGUUCUUAUUCCUCCUAGUCUUCUUCUUCUUCAUCUUCAAAUAAACCCUUUUUUUUUUUUUAUAAGUUAAUAAUAAGCUUCUUGACAAUUUGCAGACA